CUAUUAACAGACAAGACUGUGAACACCGCAGUGCUGCAGCAGAGGCAGCAGCAGCAGAGCACCUCUGAUCUGGCAGAAUGAGCCUGCACACCAGUUAUAGACAUCUUUUCCCAAUGAUGUAAGAUUAAGGGCUGUGCAUAUAAAAUAUAUAACCACAAAAGCACGUGCAGUGACUAUGGUUCAAGACACAGACGGCUACGGUAACUUCAGCAAGCAGGUGAAAAUGAAUAGAAAGGCUCUUCAGUAUCCUGGAAUAUAAACUGCACUAAAUUAUGCAUGGCAAGGUGAACUGGAUACCUGAUCAAGGGAUCUAAAUAAUGCACAUUUAUACACAAGAGUUCUAACAGAAGAGAAUGCAGAACACUGUACCAAAGCUACCAUUUGAGGUUAAAGAAUGUCUCACUAUCAUUUUAUCAAAUGCUGCUGUUUUCAGCUUUGUAAUGUUUUCCGAUCACAUGACAUGGAAAUUGACCAGUGUUUGCUGGAGUCCCUACCUUUGGGGCAGCGUCAGCGGCUGGUAAGGCGUAUGCGCUGUGAUCAAAUUAAGGCAUAUUACGAAAGAGAAAAGGCUCUACAAAAACAAGAUGGAUACAAAAGAAGAAGCAAGCAAAGAAAAAAUUGCAAAGUGCAUUUUCCAUUGUCUGAGAAAAUACAAGAUGCAAUCAUUCACCAUAAUGACAAAGAAGUUCUACAGUUAUUAAAGGAUGGGGCUGACCCUCAUAUUCUUAUUACUUCUGGAGGAUGUCUUCUACAUCUGUGCGCACGAUAUGAUAAUGCUUUUGCUGCAGAAAUUUUAAUUGACAGAGGAGUUCAUGUAAAUCACCAAGAUGAGGAGCUUUGGACCCCAAUGCAUGUUGCUUGUGCAUGUGAUAAUCCUGAUAUUGUUCUUCUGCUGCUUCUUUCGGGGGCUAACGUACUACUACAGGAUAUUAAUGGCAACAUUGCUCUUGACUAUGCUGUUGAAGGAACAGAAUCCCGAAGUAUACUUUUGGCUUAUUUGGAAGAAAAUGGUAUUGAUCUUUCAUCGCUGCGUCAGAUGAGGAUGCAGAGAGCAAUGGUUAUGUUAUCAGAUAUUAAGCAAUUAGUAGCUACAGGUGGAAGUGUGAGUGAGAAGAAUGAUGAAGGUGUAACUCUUCUUCAUAUAGCAUGUGCUUGUGGCUACAAAGAUGUUACAUGCCAGUUGCUAGAAAAUGGUGCUGAUCCAGAUUCCACUGAUGAUCAUUACUGGACUCCUCUUCAUUUAGCUGCAAAAUAUGGACAGACAAGCCUUGUAAAAAUCCUUCUGGCUCAUCAAGCAAAUCCUAACAUGUUAAAUUGCAAUGAAGAUAAGCCAUCAGAUGUUGCUGUUACAGAAGGUAUUCAAGACAUGCUGCUCAAAGCUGAACAUCUUGCUGAUGAAAGAAAGAAAAAUGGAACACCCUUAUGCACAGAAUUCCAAGAAGAGCCAUAUGAGGAGAUUGCACAUGAUAUUCCUCUCGCUGCUAAUAAACUACGUCCUUUGGCUUUACCAAUUUCAAAACAGGAUAGUUUUCUGGAAAAAGACACAAUGUUCAAAGAUUCGGGGAAAACACUGAGCAAGAUCCCACAAGAAACUGCAUCAGAAAAAAUAACAAUCAGUAGCACCACUAAACUAGAGCAGAUUAAAUUAAUGCCUCCAGCCCCAAAUGAUGACUUGGCAACGCUGAGUGAGCUCACAGACAGCAGUCUGUUGUAUGAAAUUCAAAAGAGGUUCAACAAUAAUCAAAUAUAUACUUACAUUGGAAAUAUUCUUCUGCUUGUUAAUCCAUACAAGAACCUGCCUAUAUACUCAGCCCUGGUUACCCAAUUAUACAACAAUAACUCUGGAAGAUUAUGUUCCUCUCUUCCCCCACACAUUUUUGCUUGUUCUGAGAGAGCUUACCAUAUGCUUUUCCAAGAGAGACGAUCCCAGUGUUUUAUCUUAAGUGGAGAAAGUGGUUCUGGGAAGACAGAAUCUUGUAAGCACAUAGUUAAACAUUUGGCCUUCAGGUGUGGAUCCAGCAAAAAUUCACUUUAUUCAAAGAUUAAACACGUAAACUGCAUUUUAGAGGCUUUUGGACAUGCCAGAACAUCAAUUAAUAAUUCUUCUAGCCGUUUCAUAAAUUUCCUUGAGCUACAAUUUUGUGAAAAGAAACAAACUCUGUCAGGAGCCAGAGUGUACACAUAUAUGCUGGAGAAGUCCCGUCUCCUUAGUUACCCCCCAGGACAAAGCAAUUUCCUUAUUUUCUAUUUUAUGAUGGAUGGAUUAUCUGCUGAAGAAAAGUACAGCUUAUACCUCAAGAGUUUAUCUGCACAUAGGUAUCUGAACCAGAAUGUACCAGAGGAUACAAUAUCACUAUCAGCAAGUACUCAGAAUAGAGAGAAAUUAGAUAACUUGAAACAAGCCCUAAUUGCUCUGGGAUAUAACAACCUUGAGAUUGAGAACCUGUUUGUUAUCCUCUCUGCUAUUUUGCACAUUGGAGAUAUACGGUUUACAGCCCUGACAGAUGCUGAAACAGCUUUUGUAUCUGACCUGCAGCUCAUUGAGCAAGUUGCAGGAAUGCUGCAGGUGUCUCCCGAUGAGCUGUCUGCUGCCUUAACAACAGAAGUUCAAUACUUCAAAGGAGACAUGAUAACUCGCAGACAUUCUGUGGAUACAGCUGAAUUUUACCGAGACCUUCUGGCAAAGUCAUUGUAUUGUCGUUUAUUUAGUUUUCUAGUGAACAACAUCAACUACUACCUCCAACAACAAAGUGAUCAAACCAGUUACCCACCACUGACUGUUGGAAUAUUGGAUAUAUUUGGCUUUGAAGAUUUUCAGAAAAAUUCCUUUGAACAGUUGUGCAUUAAUCUGACCAACGAAAAGAUCCACCAGCAUAUAACCGAAGUGUUAUUUUUCCAAGAGCAAACAGAAUGUGCACAAGAGGGGAUUUCCAUGGAAACCAUAUAUUGCCUUGGCAACCAUACAACAGUGCUGGAUUUUUUUUUCCAGAAACCAAUGGGAUUCAUGUCGGUGCUAGAUGAGGAAAGCCAGUCUAUUCACACAAUGGAGCACAGUCUCUCCAAACGUCUCCAGUCGCUUUUAGAAACAUCAAAUACAAAUGCCAUAUAUUUCUCUUCAAAAGAUGGAAAUGGCAAUGUCACAUCCAAGGACCAUGGCCCUACUUUUGCAGUUAUGCAUUAUGCAGGAAGGGUCACUUACAAUAUAUUCGGAGCAACUGAGAAAAACAAAGAUGUACUGUCUCAGAAUCUUCUUUUCGUCAUGAAAACCAGUGAAAACCUAGUGAUCAAUCAAAUGUUCCAGUCCAAACUGACUCAGACAGGAUCACUGAUUCCUCCUUAUCCUCCACUCAAACUUAGAGGACCAAAAGCAGCCUUACUUUUUAAAAAAAAUUCCGCUUCUAGUGGUGAAACAAAAAAGAUCCUGGAACUUGGUAAGUUGAUUAAAAAGAAAGGAUCCUAUUCAUUUCUUCAGAAGCUAGAAAGAGGCGGACCAACCACUGUGAGCAUACAACUCAGGAAAUCUUUUACGGAGAUCAUUGGCAAGGUUCAGAGCAGUACGCCACAUCUUAUGCAUUGUAUCAAGCCUAACAGUACUAAGCUUGCUGAAACAUUUGAUAACUUUUAUGUGUCUGCACAACUACAGUAUAUUGGAGUACUGGAAAUGGUCAAAAUAAUUCGCUAUGGUUAUCCAAUACGUCUUGCUUUUUCCGACUUCUUGUCCAGGUACAAAAACUUGGUUGAAAUCUUAGCAUGGGAAAAACAGAAGACAUCAGCUGAAGAGAAAUGUCGCCAUGUUCUUCUACAAUGCAAACAACAAGGGUGGCAGAUGGGUACAAGAAAAGUAUUUCUGAAAUAUUGGCAAGCUGACCAACUCAGUGACAUGUGCCUUCAGUUACAGAAAAAGAUUAUACUUUGCCAGAAAGUUAUAAGAAGAUUUCUAGCCCGGCAGCAUUUGCAGAAGAAAUUGGACACUAAAGAGAAUGAGGAUACCUUUAUAAAAGACUUCAUUCAAACCAUAGAAAACAUGGGACAGCAAUCUUACCAUUCUUUGGUAAUCCAGAAUGCAUCUGACAUUGCUCGAGAAAAAGUAGCACUUCAGAUUGAAUCCAACACUGCCUAUAGUGCCAUGGAAUCCAUUUGUAAUAAAGAAGAGAUGUUGAAGAGUACUGAAGACAGUGAUUUAAAGCCAACUGGAAACAUUUUUGUUGGAUGUCGUAUUUCAACUCUCUGCCAGCCUGGUUCUAUUACAGUCCCUAUAAAUCCUGUGUCUUCCUCAGCUAUUAGAUCUCUUUCAUUGCACUCUGUCUUGAGCAUGGAUGAUGGAAACUGCCUCCAGUCUCCUCGGAAACAGCCUCCUCCAAAACCAAAAAGAAAUCCCACUACCAGACUAAGUGCUUCUUACGAAGCAGUGAGUGCGUGCCUUUUUGCAGCUUCUGUGGACAUAGAUAAUGAAGCUCUUUCUCGACCUAGACCUCAUAGUGAUGAUUACAGCACAAUGAAAAAAAUUCCACCACCUAAGCCAAAAAGAAGUCCUAACACAAAGCUUAGCAGCUCAUUUGAGGAGAUAUCAGCUCAUAACUCAGGAGAAUUGAAUACUUUCAGUACCAUUGUCAGGAAGGUGCAUCGUGAUAUUGGUACUAUACAAAGGGCAGCCUCUGCAGAUGGUCCUCACCAUGGGAUUUUGACUUUGUGUAUGUCAGAAGAAGAAGAUGAAGCUGAGCCAGUGUACAUUGAAAUGGCUGGCACUGCUGGGAAGUGUCACUUCAUAGAAAGAAGCAGCCCAGAACAAGGAGAGGCUGUGUAUGAAGAAAUGAAAUACCAUCAUCCUGAUCAUAUUAAUAUUAAUAAUCUAGCAAUGGGUAGCUCAUUGCUACAGAACAUGAACCUAGCAACAUUUGAGAACCUAGAUGCUGAUAUAAAAAAUGAGCAAUGUUCUAAAGAAAGUUGUGAUAUCCCUGCUCCGUUUCCCAAUCUCCUUCCUCAUCGCCCUCCUCUUCUGGUUUUUCCACCAGCUACAGUUACUUCCUCUCCUGCCUCUGAUGAAUCUCCACUAACACCACUUGAAAUGAUAAAACUCCCUGUGCUUGAAACAAACAUAAACUACACUAUACAAACAGAUAUGUCAAGUCCCAUCUCAUCUCAAUGUUUAAAGCACCAAAGAGACAAUGAAAGACCAUCAUCACCUGCAUUAUCUGUAUUUAGUGUUUCAAGCAAAGUUUCUCCACCUUGCACUCCACCUCUUCCCCAGACACCAACCUCCUUCCAGUUUCCAACACAUUUUAGUUUUCCUAUGGAGAGUUCCUAUGCAUUGCUUGUAGGGAAGAACUUAAAGACAACCAAUGCAGAUUCUGUAAAAAUUGCUCCAAAAUCAAAUGCAGUUAUAACAGAAGAAUCUUGUGGUUCAUUGACUAAACUGACUUUCUCUUCUCCAAUAAAAAAUGCAAGGACAAUGCAGAACAAAUCCCAUUUAGGUUCCCCUUCAUUAGCAACAAGUCUUACUAAUAUUAGCCAUAUAACAAGUCCACUUGAUGAAUUAACUACUUUAUUCAGUUCAGGAAGAAGUCUCCUGAGAAAAUCUGCUGCUGGUAGAAAAAUACGAGAGCAAGAAGGUGUUGAAAUGAAUUUGAAUGUAUGUGGUGGUGAGGAUGUUGCAAUGCCUGAUACCCAAGAUAACAAUGCAAAUAAUCAAGAUAAUCGAGGACCAAAUUCAAGAUCUAGUUGUGCAGCCUUUGAGAAUGGAAAUUCUGUUACUAAUGGUAUGGCUGAAGAAGACCUGAACUGCAAGUUACAAAACACCAUAAGUACAAGUUCUUCAACAAAGAAUAAAGAGCAACACAGCAAUCAGGUUAUUCAUCAGUUACGUUUAUCAAAGAAUGAAAGCGCUGCAUUACAAGAACUAAUGGACUGGAGAAGAAAACUUUGUGAAGGGAAUGGAGAGUGGCAAACUGAACAGAGAAAUUCUGCUUCUACUCACUCAUCGUAGAAUAAAACAGAAUAUUAUCAUUGUCUCCAUCUUUAAUCAAGGAUUUAAACACAGUAAAACUUGUCCAGCUGCUCCAUUAACAACUAUCAAUAAAAGAGACACUGUUACAGCUUUCUCUACAUCUUGUAAUGUUUGUAUGUUUUCAUACUAUGUCAGAAAGCAGAAAGCAUGAGUAAUUAGAUUAUGUCAAUGUGAUAAUAUGUAUGUGCAAUUUAUGUUUUUAAUAGACUGUGCAGACAUUCCUUGUAUGUUUCAUUAUUCAGGUAUGACCACUGCUUCCCCUGAAAGUAUUAUAUGUACAGGGGUUUAUGGUUUUGCUGUCAAAAAUGUAUUGCAAGUGUGUAUUUAGCACUUUUUUAUCAUCAUCUCUUUAUGGUUACACUGCACAGUUAGUGAGCAAAAAAACCUUCCUUAUGUACAUUCCAAAUGGUGCCAAGAUUAGCGUGACAUUAUUUUGAUAUUCCCCAAUGAAUCUAUCAGUUGUGAUUCUUUUAGUGACUGUUGUUAUUGUAAAUGAAUAAUGUCAGCUAGAGUAACAAUAGAUACGGUUUAGUUUGUAAAAAAAAAACUAGUAUGAAAUUGUUUUAUAAAGAAAAUCAAUCAAUGUAAACUUGAUAAAAAGUAUAGAGACAUUCAGCCCAUUGUAUGUAAGUGAAAUGAACUAGGUUUACUUCCUUGAUAUCAGAAAGGACUCCUAUAUACUAAAGAAAAAAGCACAACACAAUAUGAACCACAGGAAGUAACUUAGAAGAGAAACUACGGAGCCUGGCUUGCUGGUAGAAGUAGAAGUAAAUAAGAUCUGCUUUCUUACCAAUGAAUUAUGGAAUUUUCACAGCCAAUAGAAGCAAGUUUUCUCCAUACGUAGAUUCCACUAUAUAAGUAUGUGAUUUUAAGGCAAACGCCAUUUAUUCCUUGUGUUUUUUUUUCUAUUACAAACAAGGAGAUACUGUUCUUUUAUACUAAGCAUUACACUUGUGUAAGAAAGUUUGAGGGACUACUGUACCUUUAUAUAUGAAUAUCUGACAAUUCAUUGGUGCUAAAAUGCAUGGUUGGUCCAGUGGCAUAAUUGGGGUUGCCAUGGUAAUGUUCAUGCUAAAGUUUACCAGCACGUGUUUUGUGUUAUCGAUAAGAGAUUUACUUUUUAGAUCAAUAUGUCAUGGGAAUACAACUGAUACAUCAUACGGACGCUAAAUGCAAAAUCCCAGACUAUUGAUGGCAACAUUAAUGCACACAUUUUUGGAAGAGAAUAAAAUCAGAUCUGCAACUACAAA